GACAACACACACAGGGAAUAACAAAAAAGUUCCUCAUCUCUUAUCACGUCAUCAUGACAUUCUUUCUUCCUGUGGUGAUGCUGUGGCUGCUUUCUGGUGCUUCAGCUAGAGUUGUUCAGACUUUUGAGAAUCAAUGUGAUGGUUUUUUUGCAGACAAACAACCUCCAAUUAUCACCCCGACACCUACUUUCCAAAAGAUCUGCCAAACGCUAAAUGAUGUUGUUUAUUAUGCCACGCUUUAUGAUACCAGCAACAAGAUUCCUGUGUACUCAGCCUAUAAGUUUGAGGGGUUAAUAAAGUGUGAACGGCAAAGUCCAUGGUACAUCGAACCUCAGCUUGAUGAUAAUAUAGUAAAACCAAAUAUGGCAUCUCAGUGCACUCCAGCUGUUACAUGUGGACACAAACAGGCUCUCAAUGAAGACUAUGUCAACUCUGGCUAUGACAAAGGCCAUCUUGCACCGGUCUACCAGGCAAGCUCACAGAAGUGUGCUGACGCCACGUUCACACUCACCAAUGCUGCUCCACAAAACCUAUCAUUUAACAGAGGCCAAUAGAGAGACUGAAAAAGAUAUUGCAGUAUACCUGAACAAUAAUUGUGAACCAUACAUUAAGUAGAUAGUUACUGGUGUGGUACCAGGAAAUGUAAAAAUAGGGAAUAAUGUGAAUGUGCCGAGUCAUUUCUGGACUGCGUACUGCUGCUUAGACAACAAUAACAAAUGUCAAGAAUCACAAGGUUAUAUUGGUGAAAACAAGAAUGAUCCUGUCAAGCAAAUGAAUGUGUCUGAUUUAGAAAAAGAGUUGGCAAAACAUUAUGAGGAUACAUCUUUCCAGUUGUUUGCUAAUUCUGCAAAACCCACAAGGAAAAGAAAGGGUAACAGAAACAUCUGAUUUUAAGUGUUCAUUGUCUAUGCAAUUGUAGUGUCAAUGAAAUGAAGGUCUUUUACAGGCAUGUAAUGAUACACAUUCAUAGUUUGACUGAUGAAAUGAUAUAAAAAAGUAUGUGCAAACCUUUACUGCUGUAUCCACUUAGGUAAAAAGCUAAUGCAAUCCUAUUCUAUUGUUAUAUUAUUAAUACUCUAUAUGUGUGAAAUAUAUGUAUGAUUCAUGUUCUUGCUUGCACUGGAUGAUUUCUCAAAGUAACUAUAAUAAAGUGUUUAUGAAGCA